AUGUCGAGUUCUAAGCUGCGUUGUAAAUCUAUUUCAAAACUAUCAAAUGUGGCUGAACAGUUUAUGAUUCAAGAUUCGAGAUGUGGGCCUGGGGCUCGUGUAAUGACUCUUUUGCAAGUAUGUUUAGACACCUUAGAGGCCUAUAAGGAUGAAUAUAAGAAAUUGAAAAGGAAUGAUGAGGUGUCUCAAGAACAAAUCUAUCAUAUCUACGAAUCUGCAUAUGUUUAUUAUAAGAUCGUACACAGUUUGGUUCUUAAUAGAAUACCGAAUCUCAAUGAAUUCCAUCAGGUCAAAAGGCGCUCCAACACAAGUGAUAAAAAAUUGAUGGAGAUUUAUAAUAUGUUGGUUAAAAGUUUGCUCUAUGACGAAAAGAUCAGUGGCGUUAAAACGUUUAUCAAGGAGCAUUCUUCUGAUAUUGAUGAAAUUAGUAGUGAUAAAGAACUGAAAACCGGUGGUUUUAUUUCAGCAAAGGAGUUGGAAUUUUUGCUUAAAUCUGACGAUCGUAAUAUUUUGCUAGUGGAUGUAAGACAGAGAUCUGAAUUUGAAGAAACCCAUAUUAAAGCCAGUAAUGUCAUUUGCAUCGAGCCAAUAUCAUUUAAGAGUUCCUACACAGAUCUGGAAUUGGAGAAAAAAUCGAUGAUUACUUCACCAAAUGUUGAAAUUGAUAUUUUUAAGAGGAGAAAUGAGUUUACGUUUGUCAUUCUAUAUACAGAUGGCAAUAAAGAAAAUGGUCACCAUAAUUUUUACAUCCAACAGGAAAUGGUGUUAUUAGACUUACUGAUAAACAGAUCAUUUGCCAAACCACUUCAUAAGGAUGUUAAAAUUCUAGUAUUAGAGGCAGGAAUCUCUAGUUGGAAAUUUCAUGGUGGUAGUUGUAGUAGUAGUGAAAACUUCCAAGGAAACCAAGACAGCGGCGCUAUCUAUAUUAAUGGUAAUACUUCAGGUUUAAAGCUGCAACAACUGCCAAAAUUGACGCCUAAUAUUAGCUCCUCGAUGGAUUCUUCAAUGAAAGAUAUGAUGAGAUCAACUUCGCAAGAUCCAAGUAAUGCCGGCUUUAAUUUACCUAUACAGCAAAGACCACCUGGAUCUGCAAACCUAAUAAACCCCUCUCCCUCUGUAUCUCCUUCUCAAUUGCCACUUGGGUCGCCACCUUUGUCUCAUCAUCCAGACAUGAAAUUCGCCAAAUAUCCAACUACUCCACAAUUAGCCGACAAAGAUAAUGCGAAUGACAGUAAUGGCACUGCUAAUGGUACUGCUAAUGGUGGUAGCAGUGCUGGUAAUGGAUUGCCUACGUUCACCAAUGUUUCACCUAUAAAUUCAAGAGCGGUUGCGCCUGCACGUCGUACCAUUGCGUCACCCAACCCACCAAGCAUUUUGGUGGGUAGUAGUGCAACUAAUGGUACUAGUGCUAAUACUAGUACCAAUCAACCUUUAUCAAAACCUCCAACCCAACCAUUACCAACAUUGCCGCAAUUACCAACACGCUCAUCUAAUUCACAAAGUUCAUUAACACAGACAAAACAGUACGAUUUAGAUUUUACAGUUGGAUUAGAAAAUAUGGGUAAUUCAUGUUAUAUCAAUUGUAUCAUACAAUGCCUUUUAGGUACUCACGAAUUAACGAAUAUUUUCCUCAACAAUUCUUAUGAACGUCAUAUCAAUUUAAACAGUAAAUUGGGAUCCAAGGGCGUUUUAGCUAAACAUUUUGCCAGAUUAAUUCAUCAAAUGCAUCAAAGCGCUGCAUUUAAAAAGUCAGAUAAAAAUAAAGCUGUUAGACCCUAUGAAUUCAAAAUGGCUUGCGGUUCGAUAAAUUCCCUUUUUAGAGAAAGUGGUCAACAGGAUUCUCAAGAAUUUUGUCAAUUUUUGUUAGAUGGAUUACAUGAAGAUUUAAACCAAUGUGGUGGUAAUCCUCCAUUAAAAGAAUUAUCAGAAGAAGCUGAAAAAAUGAGAGAAAGAUUAUCGAUGAGAAUCGCGUCUUCCAUUGAGUGGGAGAGGUAUUUGACAAGAGAUUUCAGCGUUAUCGUUGAUUUGUUCCAAGGGCAAUACGCUUCGCAAUUGAGGUGCAAAGUUUGUAAUCAUACUUCUACAACUUAUCAGCCUUUUUCUAUACUAGCGGCCCCGGUACCUCACGCUAAAAGUUGUUACUUAUUGGAUUGCUUCAAGGAAUUUACAAAGUUAGAACAGUUGGAAAAAGAUGAAGAAUGGCUAUGUCCCUAUUGUAAGAAAAAGCAACCUUCGACUAAAAAAUUGACAAUCACAAGGUUACCGCGCAAUCUGAUUAUUCACUUGAAAAGAUUUGAUAAUUUGUUGAACAAAAAUAACGUUUUGGUCAAUUAUCCAUUCUUUUUGGAUUUAACUCCAUUUUGGGCAAAUGAUUUUGACGGGAGAUUACCACCUGGGGUUACUGAUGAAUUGCCUUCAAGGGGUCAAGUUGCACCAUUUAAAUAUAAAUUAUACGCAGUUGCGUCACAUUCGGGUAGCCUUUACGGUGGUCAUUAUACCGCUUAUGUGGAUAAAGGCUUGAACAAGGGCUGGUACUAUUUUGAUGAUACCGGUUAUCGUCCAAUGAGAACUCCAACGGAAUGUAUCACAUCAAAUGCAUACGUCUUGUUUUACCAUCGUGUAUACGGUGUUUAA